AUGGCUUUCCGACAAACUGAUUAUUUGGACCGUCACAUCUGCACCCAGUCACUAGACACCGAAAGGAAGUCAUUGAUUUGGCCUUGUGGGGCCGCAUUCACUAGAAGAGAUGAACUAAAGCGUCACACCCGUAUCUCACACCAAGAUGCGUUAACCCUGCCAAGUACGCCGCGCAAGCCAAUGGAUAAGGCUGAUUUCCAGCCCCAAGUCCAGAAUGGCAAAAAUGAUUCUGAUAGUGCCCGAAAUGACCAAUCUCAGGCUGAUGCUAUUCCACCGAGCUUAAGCAUCAACCCGACUUCAAAAUCAAUGUCUCCCCAGCAGGCCUAUCCACAAAGUCUAGGGCCCCAAGCCCAAAAGGAAACAAAUGAUCCGGACCGUCCCAGAAAUUUCCAAUCUCAGUUUAAUAAUAUUUCGCCCUAUCGUGUGAUCCUUGUCGACACAGAAUCAAAACGUGUUGAGCGGAAGGCCGACUUGACGGGUUUCUUCUGUGUAGAAUGGCAAAAAUGGCCUUUGCAGGGGCAGCAAAGGUACGGGGAAUCUGUUGCUCGUUUGCAAUUCCGCAAAGAUGGCAAAUUGUCUUUGGCUGAAGGACCGCUGCAUGAAUGGCUGUGGGAACCCUGCGUGGCCGACAGUUUGAAAUAA